CAUCCCAGUCACCCUAGUCAUCCUUUUCAUCCUGGUCAUCCUAGUCAUCCCAGUCAUCCUAGUGACCCUAGUCAUCCUAGUCAUCCCAGUCAUCCUAGUCACCCUAGUCUGACUCUUGUCAUCCCAGUCACCCUAGUCAUCCUUUUCAUCCUGGUCAUCCUAGUCAUCCCAGUCAUCCUAGUGACCCUAGUCAUCCUAGUCACCCUAGUCUGACUCUAGUCAUCCCAGUCACCCUAGUCAUCCUUUUCAUCCUGGUCAUCCUAGUCAUCCCAGUCAUCCUAGUGACCCUAGUCAUCCUAGUCAUCCCAGUCAUCCUAGUCACCCUAGUCUGACUCUUGUCAUCCCAGUCACCCUAGUCAUCCUUUUCAUCCUGGUCAUCCUAGUCAUCCCAGUCAUCCUAGUGACCCUAGUCAUCCUAGUCACCCUAGUCUGACUCUAGUCAUCCCAGUCACCCUAGUCAUCCUUUUCAUCCUGGUCAUCCUAGUCAUCCCAGUCAUCCUAGUGACCCUAGUCAUCCUAGUCAUCCCAGUCAUCCUAGUCACCCUAGUCUGACUCUAGUCAUUCCAGUCACCCUAGUCAUCUUAGGGCACUUUCAAAAGUCAGAACUGGCCAGCUAGACCAAGGCCGAACCAGACAUUUUUUAAAUACAAUAUGCAUUUUCCAAGAGGUUUUGCUGAAAAACCAUUUCCUUUGUGUAUAAUGUUUAGCAUUAAUUUGACUGAUCUGGAUGGUUAGUUUUGAUUAAAACUAAAGUUCUCAUUAUGAUGGGGAUGAGCUGGCCAGUCAUUUCUGACAAAUUUAAAAUGAAAAGCGCCCUAGUCACCCAAAUAAUUCCAGUCAUCCUACUCAUUCUAGUCACCCCCAGUCAUCCUAGUCAUCCCAGUAAUCCAAGUCAUCCCAGUCAUCCUAGUCAUUCCAGUAAUCCCAGUCACCCCAGUCAUCCUAGUAAUCCCAGUCAUCCUAGUCAUCAUAGUCAUCCCAUUCAUCUCUAAACCACUUCAUCCCAGUCAUCCUAGUCAUCCCAGUAAUCCCAGACACCCCAGUCAUCCUAGUCAUCCCAGUCAUCCUAGUCAUCCUAUUCAUCCCAGUCAUCCUAAACCUAGUGAUCCCAGUCACCCUAGUCAUCGUAGUCAUCCCAGUCAUCCCAGUCAUCCGAGUCAUCUUAGUAACCCCAGUCAUCCUAAACCUAGUCAUUGUAGUCAUCCCAGUCAUUGUAGUCGUCCCAGUCAUCCCAGUCAUCCUAGUCUUCUCAGUAAUCCCAGUCACCCCAGUCAUCCCAGUCAUCCUAGUCACUGCAGUCAUUUCAGUAAUCCCAGUGAUUCCAGUUAUCCAAAUCAUCCCAGUCACCCAAGUCAUCCUUGUCUUCCCUGUCAUUCUAAUAAUUAUCUCUGUCAGUUAUUUCAUCACCCUAGUCAUCCCAGUCCCCUAAUUACCUCAGCCAUCCCCAGGCCUGUCACUUAUAUACUUUUCAAGUUGGUGAUUAUAUUCAGUUAGAAGGCGGUGAAUUGAAUGGUUAGGAAGUUCUUUUGGUUCUAUUUUCCUUUUGUUUCCUAUAAUAAAGUGGAUGGGGGUCACACUUGUAGUAGUCAGGGGAAAUCCCCAGCCCCCAGUUAUAAUUGACAGCCAUCCAUCCCAGUUCCCUACUCCACCUUAAGCCAUCUUAGUUAUUUUAAUUAUCCUUUUCAUCACAAUCAUCCUAGUCAUCCCUGCUCUUCAAUCUAUUCAUCCAAAUAACAAUAUCACAGCUUAACUGACAGACAACCAAUAUCAUCAUGACCUAAUUGACCAAUCAUGUCAAUGACCAGGUUUCAAUUUUAUCAACUGACAUGACACAACUCACUUUGACUCUGAAGAUGACUGCCGCACAGUUUGUCAAAACGUUAAUCAUUGUCAACAACAGUCUUAAUUCAGGACUACAAUCUCCUGGAUGAUCAUGCUCAACCUACAUUUUGUACCUACUAAACGACUCCUGGGUUCAAACCUUUGACAGUUUAACAUUCCAGUUAUGCCAGGCAUCCCAGUUAUCCAAGCCACUCCUGUCACCCUAGUCGCCAUGGUCACGCCAGUGAUCCCAGUCAACCCAGUAAUCCUAGUCACUCCAGUUAUCAUAGUC